AUGUCCCGACUCGAGAUAUAUUCACCAGAAGGUUUGCGAGUGGAUGGCCGCCGUUGGAAUGAACUUCGUCGGUUUGAAUGUUCAAUCAAUACCCAUCCGAACGCUGCCGAUGGCUCUUCAUAUUUAGAACAAGGAAACAAUAAGAUAAUUACUCUCGUUAAAGGUCCACACGAGCCUACACUCCGUUCUCAAAUGAAUCAGAACAUGGGAACAUUAACAGUUAAUGUUAACAUUACAAAAUUCAGUACUAUGGAAAGAAGCAAAUCAAGCCAUAAGAAUGAAAGACGAACAUUAGAAUUACAAACUUCAUUGGUCCGUACAUUUGAGAAAAACAUCAUGCUACAAUUAUAUCCUCGUAAUGUUAUUGAGGUCCAGUUACAUAUCUUGCAAAGAGAUGGUGGAAUAUUAGGCGCUAUGAUAAACGGUAUAACAUUGGCACUAAUAGAUGCUGGUAUUGCCAUGUACGACUUUGUGAGUGGCAUUUCUGUCGGAUUAUAUGAUACGACACCUCUAUUAGAUGUGAAUUCACUUGAGGAGAACGCUAUUAGUAGUGUUACAUUGGGUGUUGUGGGCAAGUCAGAAAAAUUGUCGCUAUUGUUAGUCGAAGACAAAGUGCCGUUAGAUAGACUGGAAAGUGUUAUGGCGAUUGGUAUUGCCGGCUCACACAGGAUAAGAGACUUAAUGGAUAAUGAAUUAAGACUACAUGGUAAAGAAAGACUAGAACGUGCAAUUAGUAAAUAA